AUGGAGGGCCAUGUCGGGGACCAACCUCGAAAGUUCAUCAUCAAGCUGUAUAACCCCCUGUGUAGUCGCCUUCAUCUUCCAUCCUUCUUUGCACGGGAGAUGGAGCUCGAGCAGCCGCGCGCCCUGAGGCUGCACAUGAGGGGCUGUGGGGAUGGGAGCACGAGGGUUGACAUCGACCUCCCUGCCGAUCAUGUCAUGUACCCCCAUCGCGGCUGGAAGACCUUUGCCUGGGACCAUAGCUUUUCCGAGGGGCACAUUCUCCAUUUCAAAUUAAUGGAGAAUGGCCUGCUCUCCGUCAAGAUCUUUGGGCACUCGGGAGGCCGCUUAGGGUGCUGCGUGCAGAGCUCGACCGACGACGAAAGCUCCUCCUCGAGCGAAAGCGACGAGGAGGACAGCGACGACGAUGAUGACGGCAGCAGGAGGAGGGGCGACGACUCUGACUCCGGCUAA